CCCUCAGCGUUCCCGCCGCGGGCCCGGCCCGUUUGUGCCCGGACCCAUUCCGGCCGGCAGCGGGCAGGACCGGGCGCCUUUCCCCGCCGGGCCGCCUCCUUCCUCCGCCCCAUCAUGGCCGCCGGGCUGGGGGCUUUCAUCAGGGCGUCCUGGCGGCUGCUGGCUGCGGCCGGUGUCGGGGUCGUUCGGGCCGCGCACGGCCCCGCUCCGCCCCGCUCCAAGAAGCGGUGGCUCCGCGCCUACCUGGAGCAGCAGCGGCUGGAGGCGCCCCCGCAGCGGCGGUCCGAGAAGCCCGGCUGGGAUUACCACGCAGAGAUACAAGCCUUCAGCCACCGGCUCCAGGAAGAUUUUUCUUUGGAUCUUCUCAAAACCGCGUUUGUAAAUUCUUGUUACGUUGAAAGCGAAGAGGCGAAGCGCCGAGAGCUCGGGGUAGCCAAAGAAACGGUUGCCCUUAACCUCCGCGAUAACAGUCAGCUCUCCGAGCAGGGGCAGUCCUUCUCACGCUCUUACCUGGCGCGCUGCUUUGGAGGCGCCUAUCCGGAUUUACCCGCCCAGGGCAUAGGAGCGCUCGUUGAUUUCCUUACCGGCCAGGAACUCGUUUCUUACGUGGCUCAGAACCUGUCUGUGCAGGACCUGACGCUCUGCGCACAGUUCCCCGUCCCACCAGACGUGCUGCACAGGACGUUCUUCGCUGUCGUAGGAGCGCUGCUCAACAGCAGCGGGCCUGAGAAAACGGGCAUCUUUGUCAGGGAUUUUUUAAUUCCCCAUCUGAUUGGAAAAGACCUGUUUGAGAUCUGGGAAGUUGUAAAUCCCAUGGGCUUACUAGUGGAAGAGCUGACCAAGAGGAAUAUCUCUUCUCCAGAGCCAAGAAUUACCAGGCAGCUGGGAGUCACCACAGUUCUUCCGCUGUACUUCGUUGGCCUGUACUGUGAUAAGAAGAUUAUCGCUGAAGGCCCUGGUGAAACGCUGCUCGCGGCAGAGGAAGAAGCUGCCCGUGUGGCGCUGCGGAAGCUGUAUGGGUAUACAGAGAACAGGAGACCUUGGGAUUACUCGAAACCCAAACAAGGGUGGACAGCUGAAAAGGCUAUCAGCAGUAACUAGAUAAUACAGGCCGCUUCUAGUUUCUCUGAAGAAUUAGUGGCUUUCAUGCAAAUGUAGAUGCAUUUCAGAAAGCAAAAUUCGGUUUAAUUUUCUGAUCUUAAGUGUAUGCAAUUUUCAAAUUAAAUACAGUUUUAAAAUAAAUGUAAUCUUUCCCUUCUACGUAAAGCUUAAUAUUCAGUCAUUUUCCUGAACAACAAAAGUACAUUUUUUCUGAAUGUAUGCAUUCUGUCUGAGAAGUUUUUCCAUACAACAUGGGAGACUGUUCUUAAGGAUGUUUAAUAAUGUGACGAAGUCCUUGCUCUUGAGGAACUUCGCUACGUAGAAAAAGGUUUUAUGUGAGCUUUCUUGGGGCUUUGAUUGAGGGUAUUGUUAAUAAGAUGAGUUGAAUUAAAUAUGCAGCAUUGGUCUUUGGGUUCUAUCUGGAUUUAUUUGUCCCUGACCUUGUGAAAAUGUAAAAUGUGACGUCAGUGGUAUUAACACUGGUGGUCCAAUUAAAAAAGGAAAUGGCAC